ACAACAAUAUUAACAUUUGUUUUCUUAUAUGCGCUACAAGAAGCGUAGGAUGCAAGCAUCCCCGGAAACUAAUAAAAUCUUCAAAUUGAUAUGUAUAUUGGGGAACUGUUGUCCUCUCUCGAGUCGCCGAUCUGAUAACAAAUCAAUCACAAGUGUAAGCAAAUAUCUAGCUGAAGCCAGAUUCGAGCGAGAAUUGGGUGUCUCGAAUAUUGCUAGACUGCGUUUGCGUUUGGAGCGUUUUUGAUUCGAUAGCAGCACUGGGAAGGCAUAAAUCUGAAGGAUUUUAGUAAUCUUCUAAAUUGGUUGUCUCUUCACUAUAAACGACAAUGAAACGAUGUUUGAGAAUUCGAGUUGUUAUGGGUAGAGACAGGAUCAGUGAGUUGCCUGAAGAGUUACUUCUAAAGAUACUGUCUUUUCUUCCAACAAAAACUGUCAUAUCCACGAGUGUUUUGUCGAAACCAUGGCGGUCUCUUUGGAAGCUGGUGCCGAAACUCGAGUUCGAUUCUCAGGAUCGGAGAACUGCAGAGAAUGUAGGCAGGUCUUUGCUUUUACAUAAAGCUCCAGUUUUAGAGAGUUUGCAUCUCACAGGUUUAUGUGAUGAUAUAGAUGUUGGACUAUGGGCUGGAAUUGCAUUUGCACGCAACGUGCGUGAAUUCUUACUCCAAGUUUGGAUUCCCUUUUCCAUGCCAGUCACAUUUCCGAGUAGCUUGUUUUUCUGUGAUACACUUGAGACCUUGAAACUCAAGAAUCCUCCUAUUGAGAUAGAUGUUCCUUCUCCCGUUUCUAUGAAGUCUCUUAGAACGCUUCACCUUGAAUAUGUGACGUACAAAGACGAUGAAUCCAUUUGUAACCUUUUAUCUGGCUGCCCUAACCUUGAAGAUUUGCUUGUGCAUCGAGGUUACCCUAAUAAUGUAAUGAAUUUUGUUAUUGUGGUGCCAUCUUUGAAGAGACUAUCCAUUAAAGAUUUCACUGGUGGACGGAAUGGGGGCUAUGUGAUAAACGCUCCAUCUUUGAAAUACUUUCAAAUUGAAAGGUUAUCAGGUUAUGAGCUUUGUCCGAUUGAGGAUGCGCCAGAGCUAGUUGAGGCAAAUAUUAGAAACGUUUCUAAUAUAGUCAAUGAGAAGAUUUUGGGAUCUCUCAAGUCGGCCAAGCGUCUUUCCUUGGACUUAUCACCUUUGGAGAUUAAGUGUCCUGCCGGAGCUAUUUUCUAUCAGCUGGUAUGUCUAGAGAUGUAUACACAUAAAGCGAAGUGGUGGAAUCUACUUACGAUCAUGCUCGAUAGCUCUCCUAAACUACAAGUUCUCAAGCUCAUUGAUCAAAAUCAGGAUUCUAGUAAAGAUGGUGUGGUUGGCGGGAAAUGGAAGGAGCCAAAGCGUGUUCCUGAAUGUUUAUUGUCACACCUUGAGACAUUUGUGUGGACAAGAUAUGAUUGGAGAAGAGAAGAAGAGAAAGUAGUGGCUAAAUACAUUCUAAGGAACGCAAGACGUUUGAACAAGGCAACUUUCUCUACAAGACCCAUUGAAUCCAAAAAGAAGCUUGAAAUGCUCAACGAGAUGAAUGGUGUGGUCAAGGCUUCAUAUUCAUGCCACCUAGUGUUCGAAUAAUCUUAUAUGUAUUUAACUUUUCUAGUAAGAUAAGAGCUUUUUUACUUUGUUAAUAUAGAUUGUUACUUUAAUUGCUUUAGAAGGGAUUUAUACUGGUCCCGGAUUUCAAGGUAUGGUGGAUUUUGUGAUUUCCAGGGAGAGAUUUAAA